UUUGUCGCUCGAGGUUGAGCGCAACACUCGUAAAAAUCGAAAAAGAUGCUGCUCUUUCCGUUUUUCGUUACAACUAUCCCCGCUUCAACUGACCACGCUUCAUCGACCUUUCUAAAUUCUGAAACAAACUUCUAAUCCGGAGGGUGCUGUCAAAUGUCCAUUUAGUUUCAGCAUCUUCACACAGAACUCAUGACAUAAUUUUUUUGAGGAUUGGAGCUUGUAAACUGGCCACUGUGCAAAGCUCAUUAGGUCAUCUGGCGUGAAGCAAACAAAGAAACGGCGAAGACGUGGUCCAAUCCUGCCGUGACUGCCACUCACGUCUUUCAAGGUUGCGGCAAUUCGAACUUGGAGAGAGGGAGGACCAAGGAGUUGAUUUCAUGACCUGGUUUGAGUAACUAAUUGAUGGAGACAAUCCUCCUCCGCACCUCCACCUCUCUUCUUUGCCAUGGCCCUUCUCUCGCCUCUCAUCGAUUUGCAACCUCUCACUCUUGCUGCUCUGGUUCUGGUCGUAGCUGUGGGGAUCUGGCUGUUGAGCUAUGUCGUGGACUGGUUGCACGAACUGGAGCUCGGCGCCGGCAGUAUUGGAUAUGUUCCUUUCAUGGAGGACCCAUCUUCGUUAGACCGGGCGCAAUUUCCAUCGGUGUUUGAUAAAUCUACCAAGUACCUAUCUUUGAUCAUGCCUGCUUUCAAUGAGCAAAACAGAAUUCGUAGCACGCUUGAUGAAACCUUCAGUUAUUUACAAGAGCGUGUAAAGAAAGAUAAGUCCUUUACAUAUGAGAUUAUAAUAGUGGACGAUGGCAGCAAAGACAACACUACAAAGAUUGGGUUUGAGUACAUUAACAAGUAUGGGCUGGAUGUGAUUCGCAUACUGAAGCAAGGUGUAAACCAGGGUAAAGGGGCUGCUGUUCGCAAGGGAAUGUUAUGCUCGCGAGGGCAACUGCUUCUGAUGCUGGACGCUGAUGGGGCUAGCAGGAUAACUGAUCUUGAAAAGCUAGAAGCGCAAAUAGCGAAUGGUGUGCAAAAGCAUCAAGCUUCGUCGAAGCAAAACUUAACUUCCAAGCUUGAUGUUGGAAGUGUUCCUGUAGUUGCCUUUGGUUCCCGCGCUCAUCUGGAAAAGCAGGCCCUGGCCACUCGCAAGUGGUAUCGGAAUCUGCUGAUGAAGGCUUUUCACCUAUGCGUACUUCUCGUUGCUGGCCCUGGGGUUAGAGAUACUCAGUGUGGAUUCAAGAUGUUUACUCGAUCUGCAGCUCAGCAGUUGUUCCCUAAUCUCCGUUUGAAAAGAUGGUGCUUCGAUGUGGAACUUGUCUACUUGUGCAAGAGGUUGCGUAUUCCAGUGUCUGAAGUAUCUAUUACUUGGGCUGAGAUUCCAGGAUCAAAAGUUCGAUUUUACAGCUUUGUACACAUGCUUCUGGAGCUCGUUCUUGUACGUUUGGGUUAUGGCUUUCACAUAUGGAAAAUUCAUACAAAUUCUUCUAAAUCCACGUAAAAAGAGCUUUGUCCACGUAUUGCAGCCUCGAUGACCAGCAGGUAUUGCUAUGACCUUGAUAAUUAAUUAUGUAGAGAAUGAUUAUUCUUAUUCUGGUCAUGUUAAUCACAAGCUGGUUAUCUUGCAUGUGAUUAUUUCUGCUUUGAGAAACUGUUGAUUAGAAAAUCUAGAGACAGUUUAGACUGAGCCUGCUUGCUUUUGGUUUAUUCUUCUGUCAUAACAUGUAAGAAGGAUAUAUCAACAGUACUUUGAAGAUUUUGUAAUAGAGCAACUUAGAUUUGCUUGUCUAAGAUUCUGGUUGCACUGGUACGGUGUUUCAGAACCACUCUUUUGACACUGCUUAGGUUGAUCCAAGUUGUAGGCUCAUUUGGAUCAAAGCCCAGGUGCAAGUCUUAGAGUGACCUGGAGUGGUGGGUGUACAUUAGAAGUUGCAGAUUGGGCACGAAGUCCAUCAUUUUUAUUUUUUUGAGAUUUUUUCCUAUUUGUAUGUUGAACGUGAUAAUAAAAGGCUUGUUAAACUAAAAAAA